UCCGCGUCGGUCACUGGGUGGGUCGGAACGCGCGGCCGAGGCAGGUGCGGGACGGGCGGGCGGUGUCCUCGCCCGGCCGCCUGGCCUCGGUGGCUGCGGCGUCCUCGCGGCCCCGUGCUGGGCGCUCGCCGGCUGUGGGUGGGCGCGCGUCCCCGGAGGCGCCCUGACCGGCCCCGUCACGCCCCAGCCAGGCCGGGUCGGAGCCGCCCACCAUGGGCUGGGGCGCGCCUGGAGGCUGCACCCCGCGCCCUCCCAUCCGCCCGCGGCCGGCGCCCGAGCGCCGCGUGGUCACCGCGGUCUUCCUGGGCCUGCUGCUGGACCUCCUGGCCUUCACGCUGCUGCUGCCCCUGCUGCCCGCGCUGCUGGAGAGCCACGGCCGCGCCCACGACCCUCUCUACGGCUCGUGGCAGCGCGGGGUGGACUGGCUUGCCACCGCCAUCGGGAUGCCCGCGGAGCAGCGGUACAACAGCGUCCUGUUCGGAGGUCUGAUUGGCUCAGCCUUCUCCGUCCUGCAGUUUCUCUCGGCGCCCCUCACCGGCGCCGUCUCUGACUGCCUGGGGAGGCGCCCGGUGAUGCUGCUGUCCCUGACUGGUCUGGCCACCUCGUAUGCCGUGUGGGCCACCUCUCGGAGCUUCAAAGCCUUCCUGGCUUCCAGGGUGAUUGGGGGCAUCAGCAAGGGGAACGUUAGCCUCUCCACAGCCAUAGUCGCUGAUCUGGGCUCGCCACCUGCCCGCAGCCGAGGCAUGGCAGUCAUCGGGGUGGCCUUCUCACUGGGCUUCACGCUGGGCCCCAUGCUCGGCGCCUCCCUGCGGGUGGAGACAGCACCCUGGUUUGCCCUCCUCUUCGCGGUCUCCAACUUGCUGUUCGUCUUCUGCUUCCUGCCUGAGACACUGCCCCCAGAGAAGCGGGCGUCCUCUGUCUCCCUGGGGGUCCACGCCGCUGCUGACCUGCUCAGUCCCCUGGCCCUGCUCCGCUUCUCAGCCGUUGCCCGAGGCCAGGACCCACCCACUGGAGACAGGCUGGGCAGCCUGCGCCGCCUGGGCCUGGUCUACUUCUCCUACCUCUUCCUGUUCUCGGGCCUGGAGUUCACGCUGAGCUUCCUCGUGCACCAGCGCUUCCAGUUUAGCAGGCCAUCUUGCUGCUGGUACCUGCCUUCCUCCUCAUUGGCUGGGGGCACUCUCUGCCCAUGCUGGGCCUGGGGCUGCUGCUCUACUCCUUUGCCGCUGCGGUCGUGGUGCCCUGCCUGUCCACUGUGGUUGCCGGCUAUGGCUCGUCAGGGCAGAAAGGCACUGUCAUGGGCACUCUGCGGAGCCUGGGAGCCCUGGCUAGAGCAGUGGGGCCCAUGGUGGCUGCCUCAGUGUACUGGUUGGCUGGGGCCCAGGUCUGCUUCACCGUGUGCUCGGGGCUCUUCCUGCUCCCUUUCCUCCUCCUGCGGAAGCUGAGGCCUCCAGCACAGACGCUCAAGGCCGAGUAGCUGAGCUGCCGGUGCCCAGGCAGCAAGUGGAAGCUGGGGCCAAGACCACUACCCCCCUGACCUACUUCUUUCCACCCAGGGAGGCCCCGGGGAGGAGGGGCUAGGCACUGCCCUGGCCCUUCCCUCAGGGUGUGGCACCCCAACAGGAAGCCUGGGCAGCUCCCCCAGGCAGCCUUAUCUUCUGUCCUCUCACUCCUGGAGCUGCGGCUGUUUCACUCCAAGCAGGGUUAGUGACUCCAGGGCCCUCAAGGUUUCUGUUCGUCAGCAGCACAGGCCAUUGGCCUGCCUUCUGAAUGACACAAUAAAGCAGCUCUUUUAUACCA